AUGCAGCUACAACAAGUUAUAGUCUUAGCCUGGCUUGGCUACAGCGGCGUCUAUGCAAAAGAUGUGCAAGAAUGUGAGCUGCUAGCAAAUCAAAGUUAUAUAUGCCGCGAGCUGGAAAGCUUUGAGCAGCUGCAGCAAUAUGUGCAGGAUGAUUGGGUGGCAGUGCGCGUGGUUAAUGCGCGUCAUACAGGGCUGGAGAAUGGCGAUGAGCCGCUGCCCAAGCUGCGCAAGCUGCAGCAAUUGGAUCUGUCGCAGUCGGGCGGCUUGACGCUGGGCGCGCUGGGCUUCCGCGACUUUGCAGCAUUGCAGCAGCUCAAUCUGUCACACUGUCAACUGGAGCAGCUGCUGGCUAAGCAAUUUGCUGCUGCAGCGCCUUUGCGCAAUUUGGAUGUAAGCCACAAUGACUUGCAGCUCAUCUCAAGCGAACUGCUGCAGCAGCUGCCCAAUCUGGUGUAUGCAAACUUUUCAAACAAUUUAAUAGCUGAGCUGCAGCUGGAUGCGUUCAAGAGCUUAAAGCAGCUGCUCUAUCUGCAGCUGGACACCAAUGAGCUGGAGAAUGUGACCAUAGGCGCCAAUGCGCAACUGCAGCAUUUGCAUAUGAGCAACAACAAUCUGCGCGAUUUUCGCUGGUGUCAGCUGCGCGGACUGCCGCAGCUACGCGAGCUGCAUUUGCAUAGCAAUUGGCUGGAGCAGCUGGACAGCGGCAUAUUCUAUGCCUUACCGCAGCUGCGUGUGCUUAAUGUGUCCAAUAACAAUAUUUAUGCCAUAGAGCGCAGCUUGUUCUUGGGCGCAGAGCCACAGCUGCAGCUGCUUGACUUUAGCUCGAAUAAUGUUAAGCAAUUGGAGGAUUAUGUAUUCAGCAAACUUGGCCGCUUGGAAACGCUUAAUCUUUGGUACAACUCUAUCAGCAGCAUUGGCGCCUGCGCAUUUCGUCAACUUAGAGCGCUGCAAACGCUGCAGCUGCAAGGCAAUGCAAUUGCAGUGCUGCCCGCUGAGCUGUUUGCCAAUCUGACAGCACUGCGAGUGCUCAAUCUAAGCCACAACAAGCUGCAGCAGCUGGGCGCUCAUGUCUUUGGCAGCACGCUGCUCAGAAACUUGAGCUAUGUGGACUUGAGCUACAACAGUCUGCAGCAGCUGCAUGCCUUGGCCUUCAGUUCGCUGCCCUUUUUGCUGGAGCUGCGCUUGCAACGCAACAAGUUGCUGCAGCUCGACAUACGCAACUUUGCGCCACUGCGUCGGCUACAGCUGCUCACGCUUAGCGAGAAUCGCCUGCUGCAGCUGGAUGAGGAUGUGUUGAGCACCUUUGACAAGCUGCAGCUGCUGGAAAUCAACAACAAUCAGCUAAGCUACUUGCCAGCUUUGGCGCCGCACUACUUGCCACACUUGCAACAUAUACAAAUCGAAGGCAAUCCCUGGCAGUGCUCAUGCCUGGACGAGCUCACCAGCUGGCUGCACCAGCGUCAGGUUGUCUAUACACGCGCAGGCAGCGCCUAUUAUAGCGGCCAAAAGCCGCUUUGCGUGGUCACGCCCACGCCCAUGCAGCAGUGCUUAAGGGAUUUGCUAGCGGUGCAGGCGCUGGGCAUUGUCCAGCACUAUGAACAGAUCUAA